GGCGGCGUCCUUCCUGGCCAUGGCCGGCCUGUCGGACCCCGAGCUGCGGCGCGAGCUGCAGGCGCUGGGCUUCGAGCCGGGGCCCAUCACCGACACCACGCGGGCCGUGUACCGCAACAAGCUGCGGCGCCUGCGGGGCGAGGCGAGGCGCCGCGACCAGGAGCGCCUGCGUGGCGAGGCGUGGGGCGAGGCCCGCGUGAGGGAGGAGGCGCCGCUCCGCAGCCGACCGGCCGCGGGCCCGGCCUACUACGCGAGCCCGGGGCUUCGCGGCGACCUCCAGGCCUCGGAGGCCUCGGCGGCGGCUUCGGCUUCGGCUUCGGCUUCGUGGGGCGGGAGCCGCCGCCUCAGCUACCACCCCGCCCGGCCCGGCGGCCCGCUGAGGCGCCGCGGCAGCUCCGACGACGACGACGAGGAUGCGCGGCCUCCUCCCAGGACCGUGUUGGGCCCGGGGCACCGUCGCCUGUGGGCUCCGUCCACGUCCACCAACCGCACCCUGCUCGGAUCCGGACCCGGACCCGGACCCGACCCGCGGGCCCGGCCUGAAGCGGGCCGGAGGCUCGAGCGCUACCUGUCCCGGCUCCUCUUCUGGGCCAGCCUGGGCCUGCUGGUCGUCUUCCUGGGCAUCCUGUGGGUGAAGAUGGGCAAGCCUUCCGCGCCCCAAGAGGCCGAGGACAACAUGAAAUUGCUGCCGGUGGACUGUGAGAGGAAGACAGAUGAGUUCUGCCAGGCCAAGCAGAAGGCGGCCUUGCUGGAGCUGCUGCACGAACUCUACAACUUCCUGGCCAUCCAAGCUGGUAAUUUUGAGUGUGGAAAUCCAGAAAAGCUGAAAAGCAAAUGCAUUCCCGUAACGGAAGCGUGGGACUAUCUAGCAAAUGUCACCGGCAGCUCCGCCUCCAAGUUUGAGUCAGCACUGACCUGGAUCCUGAGCAGUAACAAGGACGUGGGCAUCUGGCUGAAAGGGGAGGACCCGUCGGAGCUGGUGAGCAGUGUGGACAAGGUGGUCUGCCUGGAGUCGGCCCGACCUCGCAUGGGCGUGGGCUGCCGCCUGAGCCGUGCCCUGCUCACUGCCGUCACCCACGUGCUCAUCUUCUUCUGGUGCCUGGCCUUUCUGUGGGGGCUCCUGAUCCUCCUGAAGUGUCGGUGGCGGAAGCUGGAGGAGGAAGAACAGGCCAUGUACGAGAUGGUGAAGAAGAUCAUAGAUGUGGUCCAGGACCAUUACGUGGACUGGGAGCAGGACAUGGAGCGUUACCCCUAUGUGGGCAUCCUGCAUGUGCGGGACACCCUGAUCCCCCCACAGAACCGGAGGCGCAUGAAGCGCGUCUGGGACCGGGCCGUGGAGUUCCUGGCGUCCAACGAGUCUCGGAUCCAGACAGAGUCCCACCGGGUGGCGGGCGAGGACAUGCUGGUGUGGAGAUGGACUAAGCCUUCCUCCUUCUCUGACUCAGAGCGAUAAUAAGAAGCCCAGGGGCUCGUUCCCAGUGCACCCACGGGCCGUCCAUGGCCGCCUCAGCUGCCGGUGCUGCUCACUCGCCCGGACGCACCUUCCUGGACGUGCCUCCAACUUGACCAGACUCCAGCUUCCUCAGGGGAUGGAUGCCCAGUGGGCGCUGGUUGGAUCUGCCCUUCCCGCAAGAAGCAGCAGAAGGAAGGGCUGGGUUUUUCCGAGUGGGAAAGGUGGGGCCUUGCAGCCCUGCAGAGCAAACGUGUGAGCCUCUGGGCUGAGCUGGCCCCCAGGGAGUGCUGGGCAGGGCGGUGUUCUGCGGGUGGAGGGACGGGAGCAGCUUGUCCAUGUGCCUUCAGAGGUUGUGGCCCGGGAGCUGGGGGGUAAGGGAGAAAGCCU